GUAGCCGCUGGAACCCCCUGUUCUUGGCCAAAAGUGGCCGAAAUCCCAAAAAUGUCUUCGUCUGUUUGCCGAAAGACCCCCCAAGAUCCCGUGCGUUUUGGCCGAAAUUCCAAGUCAAGAUCAAAAAAAUUUCGUCCGCCAGAGGCCUUUUUGGGCAAAUUUCGUUCCGAAAGAAGGAAGAUACGAGCGCUGAAUGCAAUGUUUGGCCGCGCAACACAUGCAAACCGAACCGGAAUCGCUUGCACGCUUGGGUAUACGUACCAAUAUGUAUUAGGAGCCAGGGGGCCACGGGGCGCGUGCUGAAUUCGGGGAACAUGGGAUGCGGGCUGAGCACGAACUGGCAGCGGUGAAGGCGGAGACGGCGGAUUUCGAGGCGUACCGCAACUACCUGCGCACGUACCUCUCUGUGCUCCGGCCCCUGCUGGCGCACCGCACGGCACGCGGAUACAGGAACAUGCGGUUCCUGCGGAAGGUGGGGCGCGACAAGCUGGUCAACACCAUCAGCAGGAGCAUCGCGCCACACAAACCGGAUGGCAGUGGGAUGAUCGCGGUGGGCAUGGGCGACUGGCAGGGACCGGGCAACACACCCAUCAAGCGGCGGACGAGCGGGCCCCUGGAGCUGGUCAGGCUGCACCUCAAGCACCGCAAGGACGUGGUGCUGGUGCCGGUCAAAGAGCCCGGCUCGUCGUGCUUGUGCCACAACUGCCACAACCGGCUCACCAACAUGCGCGCCAACACCACCCGCUACAACAAGGAGGGUGAGAAGGUCACCAAGAUGUCCAAGGUCCACAAGGUUCUGUACUGCAGGGCGCCGGCCACCAAGGCUGGCAACAACCUGAAGAACAGUGACAGCGGCAAGCCCCGCUGCGGCACCACGUGGAACCGCGACGUCAACGCGGCCAAGAACAUGCUCAUGCUGCUGAUGUGCAUCCUGCAGGGCGAGCCCCGCCCCAAGGCGUUCCGCCUGGCACACGCCAAGAACGGCUGAGCAGUGCAAAAGAAGUAGAAUGAUUGUCGAGAGGCACACUGUUAUCAGAGCAGAGAUGCACCACGAGGCAUCUGUGCAAUGGGUGUGUUAUCCGCGACACCUGCGUGUCCAAUGUAGAACUAUCUAGUGGUGCAUGGCUGCAAAACCGAUAGUAUCCAUGGUAGAUGAUGGGCCUUGAUGUCCGUACCCGAUGCUAGUUUGGUGGCGUGGCUGUGUAGUUGAUGCAUGUGGACGCAGAAAUACAGUUGUUGGUCUAGAUCACAGUGAGCGCAUCCCUGAACAGGCGGUGUCCCACAAAAAUUUGGACAGACUGUAGCUAUCGCACAUGCGGCUCAAAGUGCAUCGUUUGGAAUUGUGAGGGGGUAUGUAGAGGGGUUUUACAGGGAUAGUAGGAGCUGCGCAUAAAAAUCAAACCCAUGCAUCCAAGUGGCAACCAUCCAUCUACAUCCAACAAUGGCCAAGCAAAUCACAUGGACCAACAUCCUGUACGAGGCGGAUCCCCGCUUUGCCCCAUACGCUGUUCUUCCCCCGUCUGGAAAGACAUCCAAGAAGAAGUCCAAAUUCCAGCGUAUGGUGUUCAAGAGCACCAAGACUGUCAAGAAAUGGGCCAAGUCCGUGUGGAAGUGCACCAAGUCACAGUGUGGCAAGGUGUGGCAAAAGAUCAAGGAGCAACCCUUGUGGGUUGCAAUUCCUCUCUGCAUGUGCGCAAUCGCUCUCAUUUCCUGGGGCAUGGCACUGCUGUUCCCCAUGGUGGGAACCGUCACUGCCCUUGUGACUGCAGUUUACCUGACUGCCACAUUGACUGGUGCGGUGAUUGGGCACCUGACCUCAUGAUUUGGCAGACACCUACCGACUUCGUGAAUUUUUUACCACAGCAGUUCAUUGGGUACACCAGUGUGUCUUUGAUCACGUCGAACCCUUGUUGGCUACGGACCCUUGAAGGUUCUGAACAAUCAGGCCAUACUUGGCCAUGGCGGCGUCAGCAUCGAACGCCCGCAGCUUGAAUGAGAACAGGGCAUCAAAGACUUUGGGGUGCGCUGUGAAUGUGACCCCUGCAACGUACAUACUGAACGCAACAAGGCUCACCACAGCAUACGCUACA